UGGUCGUCGCCGGUUGAUCGACCGAUGGCGCCGCAGGGGAAGGGGGAGGGGGAGGGUGGGCAGAAGAUGACGAUGAUCUACGCGAUGGUGGCGCGGGGCACGAUGGUGGUGGCGGAGCACACGGCGUACACGGGCAACUUCCGGGACAUCGCCGCGCAGUGCCUGCACAAGCUCCCCGCCGGCGACAGCCGCUUCACCUACACCUGCGACGGCCACGCCUUCACCUUCCUCCUCCACCAGGGCUACGCCUACUGCGUGGUGGCGACGGAGUCGGCGGGGCGCGAGGUGCCCCUCGCCUUCCUGGAGAGGAUCAAGGAGGAGUUCAACAAGCGGUACGCCGGUGGCAAGGCCGCCACCGCCACAGCCAACAGCCUCACCAAAGAUUUCGGGCCGAGGCUGAAGGAGCAGAUGCAGUACUGCAUGGAUCACCCGGAGGAGGUGAGCAGGCUGUCUAAGGUGCAGGCCCAGGUCUCCGAGGUCAAGGGCAUCAUGAUGGAAAACAUCGACAAGGUGAUUGAUCGCGGGGAGCAGAUCGAGGGCCUGGUGACGAGGACCGAGCAGCUCCACGACCACGCCUUGGAUUUCAGGACCGAGGGCACGCGCAUCCGCCGCAGGAUGUGGUACCAGAACAUGAAGAUCAAGCUCAUCGUCGCCGGCAUCGUCGUCGCCAUCAUCCUCAUCAUCGUCCUCUCCAUCUGCCAUAGGGACCACUGCAAGUCCUAAGCCUAGCCUAGCUUCAUCACUUUGUUCGAACAAAGAAUCAAGACAUCCACCAAAAAAAAAAAGAGUCGGAGCGGCUGCUCCGGUCACUGGCACGUGGGCCCCGCAUGCCAUGUCUCGCGUCGAGUGAAUAAUCGGAUAAAUUUCAUGUUUUCUUGUUUAUUGUUAUAUUGUUUAACUUAGAGCAUCUUUAGUAGCAUUGCUUCAUCCGUUUGUCGAAAGGUUUUGUGAUAACUGCUAAUCGUAUAUACUCGACAAUUUGUAGCAGAGUUUGAGUACCACACAGUUUAAGCAUGAAAGUUUUGACCAUCAAUUCUACUGCAAACUCGAAUAGUAACAAAAAAUUCUACUACAAAUUCUCAUGAUCAUCACAAGUUAUGAUGAAUCGAAACAAGUUACAUAUGGUAGAUCUACUCAACUGAAGAAGAAACACAAGCAAACAAUGUACUAGCUACUAGUAACGUUGUGUAACUCGUAGUAACAAUUGAUUAGGCCUUAACGACGUCCACCGCGGCCGCGACCGCCGGCGUAGUAGUCCUCCUCCUCCUCCUCAUCUGCCACCACGCCGUGCCCCUUCUGCUCCGGCGCCACCGGCUCGUCCACGAAGGCAGCAGCAGCAGCAGGGUAAUCGGCCGCGGCCUCGAACGCGUCGCAGAGCGCCUUGUGCUGGGCCUUGACGGCGUCGUGGGACUCCUUGGUGGGCCUGCCGCCGGGCGGCGCCGCGACGCCGAGGACGCCGUAGUGGUCGGCCUUGUUGCUGUUGGCGGCGGCGAGGACCCUCUAGGCGUGAAGGUCGACGUGCAUCUUGGCCCUCCUCAGGUCGCCGGCCGCGAACAGCUUGUCCGCCGCCUUCAGCUGCGCCUCCAGCUGCGCCUCCAGCUGCUUCUUCUUCACCGCCACGGCCGCCGCCUCCAUCUGCUCGAGUUGCGCGAUCGGUCGCCGGCUCACCGUGAGUUCUUGCA